AUCACAGCCAACAAUCACACACACACACACACUUCAACCUUCUCUCUCUACAAUGGAAUGGAAAAGAGGCCCAAUAAUCGGCCGGGGAUCUUCCGCCACCGUCUCCGUCGCCACCACCUCCUCCGGCGACCUCUUCGCCGUCAAAUCCACCGACCUCUCCACCUCACAAUUCCUACAAAAAGAACAACACUUUCUAUCCCAAUUAUCCUCCAAAAACAUAAUCAAAUACAUGGGAUUUGACAUCAAUUAUCACCACAACAAACCCACGUAUAAUCUCUUCAUGGAGUAUGCCACCGGCGGCACAAUCUCCGACAUGAUCAAGAAACUUGGAGGGUCACUUGAUGAUUGUUUGAUCCGGUUUUAUACUCAUCAAGUUCUACUCGGGUUGGAUUAUCUUCAUAAUAAUAAUAUUGUGCAUUGUGAUAUUAAAUGCCAGAAUUUAUUAAUAUGUGAAGAGGGUGUGAAAAUUGGUGAUUUGGGGUGUGCAAAGUUUGCGGAAAAUGAUGUUGGAAAAAGAGAUUUUAAAUUUUCCGGUACACCGGUUUUUAUGGCGCCGGAGGUUGCAAGAGGUGAAGAACAGGGGUUUCCGGCUGAUGUAUGGGCUCUUGGGUGUUCGGUGAUUGAAAUGGCAACCGGGUUUAACGCAUGGCCGGAGGUUAAUGAUCCGGUUUCUGGUUUGUAUAGAAUUGGAUAUUCCGGUGACGUGCCGGAGAUUCCUAAGUGUUUGCCGGAGGAUGGCAAAGAUUUUUUGGCUAAGUGUUUGAAGAAAGAUGCUAAAGAAAGGUGGAUAGUUAAAGAACUUUUGCAACACCCAUUUGUUAGGAGUUUGAAUUUGAGUUGUGAAACUAGAGAUUCUCCUACAAGUAUAUUGGAUCAAGGUUUUUGGGAAUCUUUACCGGUGUCGGAUGCUUCCCCGGUAGUGACCCGGGUGGUUGGUUUCUCUGGUGAGGGUCCGGUGGAGAGGAUAAGGCAAUUGGUUGAAGCUACUCCUUCGAGUUCGGGUUUGCCCGAUUGGGACGAUGAAGAUGAGUGGAUCGCGGUUAGGAGUAAUCGGAUCGAGGAAAUGAAUGUUGAAUAUGGCGAUUUUACGUUUUCGGAUUCGAAUGUAGAUGAUGUAGAAGAGAUUGAAAGCUUAGUUGUAGAUGAAGAUUAUAUGAGUUUAGAGUAUUCUAGUUCAUCAAGAGUUCUUGAUUUUGAUCACAUUAUUAUUAGUAAUAAAGAAUUAUUUUGCAAAUAAUAGAUUUCAUUCUUUUGUGUUU